AUGAAAAAGAAAGCUAUUCAAUCUAGUAGCUUUAGGGUUCACAAAGAUUCUGAAACUGACCAAUCUGACGAUGACAGUGUAUUAAUCAGACCGGUAACAACCGGCGGAAGGAUCAGGAUUUGGGAUAAAUAAAGAUAGAGCUGCCUCAACUGAAUCAUCCUUCCUUGAACUAGGACAUAGCUGUAUUUGUCAUGAGAAAAUCAAGAGAUAUAAACGAACACUCAUUGAAAGGGAAAAAGUGCUCUCCAAAGCUCUGAAGCUAAUUCGCAAAGAUCAACGAAUGAUACUUUUUGAGGGAGGAAAUAAAUCACAAGAAAGAGAGACCCCUCUUAAAAGUAGCAAAAUUUUAGAGUUCCUUCCCCAGAAAAAUCUGAACCUGGAUAAAUUGCACCUUGCUGUCCUUUAUGCAUCUCCUUUAGGCUAUGAAGUACCUGAUGGAAUGGGUUCGAAAGCAUUCAAAGUUAUUCAAGAAUUAGAUUUCCAUAAUGAUAUAAAUCAUAUAACUACGGCUAUUGAAGGAGGAAACAAUCAAGUAAAUUACUCAAUCCAAAUGGGGACUCCCAUGAAUUUUAUAUCAUCCAUCAGUAAAUCUCCUUAUGUCCUCCAUUUCAUCGGUCAUGGUAUAAGCAACCAUGAAACUUAUGGCAAAAAGGAAGAUUGACUCGUGCUUGAGAAUAAAGAUGGAUCCGGCCAACUUGUGUCUUCAAGAAAGCUUGAGAUGAUUCUUGAUGUCUGCAAUUUCAAACUAGAUGUUGUCUUCCUAUCAUCUUGAUACUCUGAAAACCAAGCAGAUGUCUUCUUGAACGCUGGUGCAAAACAUGUAGUUUGAAUACAAAGGAACAAGAAAGUUAUGGACGAAGCUUGAAUCAAAUUUAGCAGUGCCUUUUAUCAAGCCCUAUUUAGCGAACUUAGAACUCCAUGUGAAGCAUACAAUAUUGCUCAACAGACUUUGAGUAUCUCACAAGGCUUAGAAGGACAGAGUGCUCUGUUUAUCAUGAAGACGACUAAUUCAAUAAAUGAACCUCAUUCAUGCCAUAAUUUUAUCUUGUACAAAGGUGUUACUAAUAGAAUAGAUAAGCUUAGCAAGGGAAUUUGAUUUAUGAAGAAUUUGCCAACGAAGCCAGCUCCCUUUGUAGGAAGAAACCAAGAUGUUAGAAGAGUACUCCAAAUUUUAAAAGAAGGCAAGAGGCUUAUCACAAUCACAGGAGAGCCAGGAAUAGGGAAAACAACAGUUGCCCACGCUGUCAUUCAUUAUUUGAAAGAGAGAAAUGAAGAACUCAUCAAAAAUGGUGUUGUCUUCUUAAGCGGGAAUAAUUGAGCUUCUCUUCCAACUUGGCUACAUACUUUCAAUACCAAAAUAAUAGAAGCGAAUGAGAAGGUCUCAGUGAAAUUGCAAAAUAAAAAGGACACCUUACAAGUAUUCAAAGAGAUAAUGAAGAAAAUAAAAGAUCUGGAUAUGCUACUAAUUAUUGACAAUGCUGAAAGCUUCUUAAUCUCCAUUAACGUCUUGAAAGAAUUUUUGGAAAUGAUCUUUGAAAGAUCACAGCACAUUAAAGUACUUCUGACUUCUAAAAUUGAGCCAAUUUCAUACUUAGGAGGCAUUAAUGGAGUGCAUGAUUCUGUCAUCAGACUAAAGCCUCUUACUCCUCAAUUUUCUGAAAGGCUCCUCUGAGAAAAAGCAGACAAAAUGAUAGCAAAAGAUGAAAGAUUACAACUACAGAAGAGAGAGCCAGAAAGAAUCCAUGCUGGGUUUAAAAAUGGAUACCAACAUCUUUUUGGCUAUCUCCUUGGAGGCCAUCCAAUUACAAUCUCUCUGGCAGCAAAUAUUUAUUCGACCAACGACUUGAACCAUUUAUAUGAAACUUUGGUGAAGUCGACAAUUCUAAACUCCUUGACUCAGGGAACUGCAGGAGACUUAGUUGUUAAGAAUCUGACUUUGUCUCUGAAUCUUUCUCUAAAAUUAUACAACGAUAAGAAGAUAUACGACUUCUUUAACCUAAUGGGAUAUCUCCCUGGAGGAGCUAGGAAGGAAGACAUUGAUGCUCUCUGGCAAAAAGUGUCUGGCAACUCCCUUAAUGAAUGGCAUUCCUUCUGUAUCUAUCUAGAAAAAGCAUCCAUUAUAAUGAGGAAGAAGAUCAAACAGAACAAAAAUGAGAUAGAGAUAUUCCAGCUUGUUCCUAUGAUCAAAAAUAUUGCAGAAGAAACAAGCGAGGAGAAAGACAAGAAGAUCCAUAAGAUUGUUACAAAAUAUUACAUUCAGAUAUUGGAAGCGAUCCUCAAAGAGAAUUCAGUGAGAGAGUCUUCCGAAGACAACCAGUCUAUCAUGAACAAUCUCUGGUUCUUUGAAAUGAAUAUCUGGGAAUGAGUCUAUCGAGCCCUUGAGAUUAAGAAAUAACAUUGAUUUUUCAGAAAUUGAUAGGAACAAUAGCAUGGCCAGUAUAGACAAAGCAAGCAACUUUAGUCCUGAAAAAGAGAAGCAUUCAAAGUUUGAACCUAUCCAGAAGAAAAAGUUUGAUAACACUCUUGACAAAGAGCUUAUUAUUGGACAAAACAAAGAGCAAUCUUCAGAACUUAGAAAUGUAAUGCUAAAUCUUUCUGGCAACAAAGGGUCAGACAACUCAGAUCUAGAGUCUAGUAAAGAAGAUAAUGAUGCUCUUGAAGACUUCAAGCCUAAAUCGAAACCCUUCAGAAAAAUUACUGAGCACAACUUUCUUAGCUUAAUGAUGAAAAAUAAGGAGAGAAGUAUUAAAGAAGAAGAGGAUGAACUAGUGCUGAAUGAUGUAAUUGAAAUGGUUAAGCCUCAAAUUAUGCCAAGGACAACUUCUAAUGAUCUGCAGGAUAGCAAUGUCCUUUCAUUUAUUGAAAAAUCAGUCAUGCCGAACAAAACAGAUAAAAAGCUUAUCAAACCCAAGCCAAAAAUUGUGAAGAAAUAAAGUUGAAGCAGGGCUAGGAGACAAUUCAUCAUUUUUACUCAGAGAAAUGGACAAGAAGCUAAAACGUACCAUAAACUCAAAAGUUGCUAAUAUUAUAAAAAGCAACAAGAAACUUUCUUCUUUGUCAAUGCCAAAAGAUGAACUUUUUUCGAAACUCUCACACAAAUUAAUGGAGAUGCAAGAGCAGCACAAACUGUACAAAGGCAAUGCCGUCAAUGAAAUCUCAAAGAAGGGUAAAACAGUUAAGAAGAUCAAUGACGACGUCAAGAUAAUGAUUCUUUACCUGACCAAUCUCAUCCUUUUCUCUAAAAAGACAGAUGUUGUCAAGGUUAUUGAAGAAUACGGAAAAUAUUUUUAUGACAAAAACUUAUGAGAAGCAAACCUCAGAAAACUAAAAGGACUAGCACUUAUCAGAAAUAAAAAGGACAACAGCUUUGAGACCUCUACAGAAGCAAUAAAAGAAUUCCUGCAUGCAAAAGUAAUCUUCCAGAAGCACGAUUGUUACCAUGGAGUUGGCAUAUGAUGAGCAGGUGUUGGAUUUGUCCUCUAUGAAAUAUUUACUCACUAUGUUAAGAACAAAUCUGCUUUGCUAGACUAUGCUAAACGAACAUUCAUAGAAAGCUUAAAUAACUACACUAUCAUUGCUCACGACUAUGGAAUGUCAUAUUGAUACGACAUGCUUCAAGAUAUUAAAAGAGAGCUAGGUCAAAACUUCUCAGAGGAAUAUAGAAGAUAUAUGACCCUACAAAACAAGAUCAGGAAUGAUAUCGACCAUAAGAAGAACACAUUCAUUGAAAGAGUUCAGGGAGUUGAAAUGAGCUUACUCAUUGAAAAUGUCAUGGAAGUGACUUCCUCUGCCACCUUAGAAGAGCAUAGGAAUGACGACAUAGACGAAAUGGUAAGUAUAAAAUACAUCAUGGAUAGAAGGAAAAUGGUUGAGUCAGUCAACCAAGCUAACGAGCAAGAGUACAACAACCAUAUGUCCAACUUCAUUGCUAUCGUCUCAGACCCAGGCAGAGGAGACAGCCAAGUCUUUAUACCGUUAGUUAACAAAAAGAUCCAGGACCGAACAAGAGGGUCACUUGAGGUACAAGAUAAGGGAUCCAUACAAAGCUCGCUUAAUAAACUUAAACUUGGAAUGAAAGUCAGGGAUAAGUUCAAGAGUAAGAUUAAAGGACAGAAUAAUGGAGAAGUCUCACCUUCGAAAGAGUCAGGACCAUACUUUAAAUCCUUAACUAAUGUGAAGAGCAAAGUGAGGGUCAACUUCAAUGACUCUACCAAGAAACUCAAACCCAAGAGGACAAAGACAUUUGGGUCAGACGACCUUAGUGAAGAUUCAAGCGACCUUGAGUUCUGUGAGAAUCAAAGGUUUUACAGUCGACUGCAGAAAAUUAGUGAGCCUGCCAUGAAUACCAUAAAAGAAAAAUUUCUGGGCAAAGUUAAGAAAUCCAAAAAGAGAGAGGAGAGCAAUCCUCUCGAAAUCGAAGAAGAAUCAACAAUACAGUAUUCAGUAUUUAAAAAGAAGAAAAGGAGGGAGGUAGGAUUUCUCAGAAAAAGUAAUCCUUCAAGUCUUGGAAGGAAAGGGAAGUUACAAAUGAGAAAUAUUGUUGAUAAGCUCCAACUUAGCACUAAAAAGCACCUGCCAAAGAUAGCGAAUAAAAUGCGAGAACAAAUGUCUCCUAACCUCCCUAGCAUCAGCAUUGUACCUUUGAAAAACAUGAUGACCGAGAAAGACUUUGCUGAAGUAGCUUUUAGAGCUGCUGCUAGUAAAAAUAGCGAUUAUAUGUCUAUCCAAUAG